UUUGCAGCUUCGUGGUUCACAAACGCUGCCACGAAUUCGUCACCUUCGAAUGUCCCGGCGCCGGGAAGGGACCCCAGACCGACGUGAGUCCCAAAUUCCCAAGCUGUGAGAUGAACGUGCACAAACGCUGCGUGCAGAGCGUCCCGAGCCUCUGCGGCGUCGACCACACCGAGAGGAGGGGGCGGCUCCAGAUCCGCAUCCAGGCCCUGCCCGGGGAGCAGCUCCACGUCACAGUGGGCGAGGCGCGGAACCUGAUCCCGAUGGAUCCCAACGGGCUCUCGGAUCCCUACGUGAAGCUGAAGCUGAUCCCCGACCCCAAGAACGUCUCCAAGCAGAAAACGCGGACGGUGAAGGCGACGCUGAACCCGGUGUGGAACGAGGCCUUCCUCUUGUUCAAGCUGCUGAACCAGGAGGAGGGCGAAUAUUACAACGUCCCCGUGGCCGACACCGACGACUGCGGCCUCCGGCCCAAAUUCGAGGCUUGCAAUUAUCCGCUGGAGCUGUACGAGAAAGUGCGCCGGGGGCCGGGCCCCUCCCCCAGCCCCUCCCCGCUGCCCUCCCCCGGCAGCGGCCGCUCGACGCUCGGGGACUUCAACUUCCUCAUGGUGCUGGGCAAGGGCAGCUUCGGCAAGGUGAUGCUGGCCGAGCGCCGGGGCUCGGCCGAGCUCUUCGCCAUCAAGAUCCUGAAGAAGGACGUGGUGGUGCAGGACGACGACGCCGCCUCCACCAUGGUGGAGAGGAGGGUGCUGGCCCUGGGACCCCGGCCCCACUUCCUCACACACCUGCACUCCACCUUCCAGACCCCCGACCGGCUCUACUUCGUCAUGGAGUACGUCACCGGCGGCGACCUCAUGUACCACAUCCAGCAGGUCGGCAAGUUCAAGGAGCCCCACGCGGCGUUUUACGCAGCCGAAAUCGCCAUCGGCCUCUUCUUCCUGCACAACCAAGGGAUCAUCUACAGGGAUCUGAAGCUGGACAACGUGAUGCUGGACGCGCAGGGCCACGUGAAGAUCACGGAUUUUGGGAUGUGCAAGGAGAACAUCGGCCCCGGCUGCAGCACCAGAACCUUCUGCGGGACCCCCGACUACAUCGCCCCCGAGAUCAUCGCCUACCAGCCCUAUGGGAAGUCGGUGGAUUGGUGGUCCUACGGCGUCCUGCUCUACGAGAUGCUCGCCGGACAGCCCCCGUUUGACGGCGAGGACGAGGACGAGCUCUUCCAGUCCAUCCUGGAGCAGACGGUGACCUACCCAAAAUCCCUGUCCCGGGAGGCCGUGGCCAUCUGCAAGGGGUUCCUGACCAAGCACCCCGGGAAGCGGCUGGGGGCCGGCCCGGGGGGGGAGCAGGAGGUUCGGGGUCACCCCUUCUUCCGCCGAACGGACUGGGAGCGCCUGGAGCGCCUGGAGGUGCCGCCGCCCUUCACCCCCCGCCCGUGCGGCCGGAACGGGGAGAAUUUCGACCAGUUCUUCACGCGGGCGCCGCCGGCGCUGACGCCGCCGGACGCGCUGGUGCUGGCGGGGCUGGACCAGGCCGAGUUCCAGGGCUUCAGCUUCACCAACCCCGACUUCCCGCCGCCCCCCGCCGCCCUCGCCUGACCCCCGACCUUGGGGGAACCCCCCCAAAAAAUUUCGGGAGCCCCCGACCCCGAAUUCCCAAAAAAACCCCAAAAAAAUCCCAAAAAAUUCGAUUUUUUUGCUUUAUUUUGAGGUUUUCCCCCCUAUUUUGGACCGUUCCAAGUUUAGGACCCCCCUGUUUUGGACUGGACCAAGUUCAAGAAUCCCCCCCAAAAAAUUUGGGAUCCUCAGACCCUGAAUUCCCAAAAAAACCCCAAAAAAAUCCCAAAAAAUUUGAUUUUUUUCUGAUUAGUUUGAGGUUUUACCCCCCUAUUUUGGACCGUACCAAGUUUAGGACCCCCCUGUUUUGGGCUGGACCAAGUUCAAGAAUCCCCCCAAAAAAUUUGGGAGCCCCCGACCCCGAAUUCCCAAAAAAUUCCCCAAAAAUUCCCCAAAAAACCAAGAAAAUCCACCUUUUUUCUCAUUAUGUUGAGUUUUUUCCCCCCUAUUUUGGACCAUACCAAGUUCAGGAAUUCCCUAAAAUUUGGGAACCACCCCCAAAAAAAUUCGGGAGUCCCCGACCCCGAAUUCCCGAAAAAAACCCCAAAAAAAUCCAAAAAAAUUCGAUUUUUUUGCUUUAUUUUGAGGUUUUCCCCCCCUAUUUUGGACCAUACCAUGUUUAGGAUUCCCCCUGUUUUGGACUGGACCAAGUUCAGGAAUUCCCAAAAAAAAUUUGGGACCCCCCGACCCCGAAUUCCCAAAAAAUUCCCCAAAAAUCCCCCAAAAAUUUGACUUUUUUUCUGAUUAUUUUGAGGUUUUCCCCCCCUAUUUUGGACCGUACCAAGUUUAGGACCCCCCUGUUUUGGACUGGACCAAGUUCAGGAAUUCCCCAAAAAAAUUUGGGACCCCCUGACCCCGAAUUCCCAAAAAAACCCCAAAAAAAUCCCAAAAAUUUGAUUAUUUUGAGGUUUUCCCCCUAUUUUGGACCGUACCAUGUUUAGGAUCCCCCUAUUUUGGACAAUACCAAGUUCAGGGAUCCCCCCAAAAAAUUCGGGAGCCCCCGACCCCGAAUUCCCGAAAAAUUCCCAAAAAAAUCCCAAAAAAUCCCCCAAAAUUUGACUUUUUUCUGAUUAUUUUGAGGUUUUCCCCCCUAUUUUGGACUGUACCAAGUUUAGGAUUCCCCCCUGUUUUGGGCUGUACCAAGUUCAGGAAUUCCCCAAAAAAUUUGGGAGCGCCCGACCCCGAAUUCCCAAAAAAUUCCCCAAAAAUUCCCCAAAAAAUUCCCCAAAAAUUCCCCAAAAAAUUCCCCAAAAAAAUCCCGAAAAAUUCCCCAAAAAAUUUGAUUAUUUUGAGUUUUUUCCCCCUAUUUUGGACCGUACCAAGUUCAGGAAUUCCCCAAAAUUUGGGAACCACCCCCAAAAAAAUUUGGGAUCGCCCGAUCCUGAAUUCCCAAAAAAUUCCCAAAAACUUCCCCCAAAAA